AUGGGAGCUGUCCGCACACGCAUGUUCUGCUGCUGUCUGCCGGUCAGAUUCGGUGCGGCUUGCAGCGCCCUCAUCAACUUUCUCGCCGGCGUUGCCUUCUCUGCGGUGGGAUGGUAUGGAGUGCACCAAUACACUACCCACCAGGUUUCCCUCGACAAAGAUGAGGAGGUCGCGCUCAUUCUUUUCAGCAUUACCUACACCCUCCUCGUCGUGACCGCCCUUCUUGGACUGAUCGGCUCCCUUGGUGCCAUUCGUUCAUUGGUCAAGAGAUACGCGGUUUUCCUAGUCUUCAACACCCUCUUGACUAUCGGCGUGGGCAUCUACUGGAUCUGGCGAUUGUUCCACCGAGACGCAAACGAGUGUUCAUCGCUCGAAGGCGAAGAAAGUGCCGAGCAAGUGGUACACUAUGUCUGCAAGAAGGGCUUCGAGACCAUCAGAAUCGUCAUUGUGAUCGUGCUGGUCAUUGUUUGGCUUUUCCAGAUUGCCGGAAUUGCCAUUGUGUUCGACUACGUCGGGCAACUUAACGAGGAGGCUGGGCUCGGGGAUGACGAGAAAGCCCUCACCAAUUAUGAAGAGCGCAUAUGA